CUUCUUCCUCCUCGACCGCUUCGCCACUCUUCCCCUUCUUCUUCUUCUUCUUCUUCUUCUUCUUCACAGUGAGAGGCGAUGGAAAUCCUCCUAUUAUUCGCCAUAUUUCUCUUCACCUGCGGCAUCAUCAACUACUACUGCUUCCUCCCCCGUUCGAAGUUAAUACCAUGGCUUUGCUCACUUCUUCCCGCUGCUUCCUCACCGCCAAAGCCAGUGGAAAGAUGUUACAAGGAGGAGAAGGGAAACGAGGACGACAACAUCGAGCUCCAGAGCAUAUUCUCGACCUUCGACAAGGAUGGCGAUGGCUUCAUCACCGUAAAGGAGCUGGAGGAGUCGCUCAGGAGGUUGGGCCUCGCGGUCACGGGCAAUGAGGCGAUGCGUAUGUUGGAAAGAGUCGAUACCAAUGGAGAUUGCCUCAUAGACCUCGGGGAGUUCCGCGAGCUGUACGCUGCGCUUGGGAGAGGUCAAGGACCAAGCGGUGGAGAUGGUGGCGGAGAGGAGGAAGAAGAGACGGCUUUGAAAGAGGCCUUCGACGUCUUCGAUGGUAACAGAGAUGGGGUGAUAGCAGCGGAGGAGCUGGCCACGGUGCUGACCUCGCUAGGGCUGAAGCAAGGGGCGAGGCUGGAGGACUGCAGAGAUAUGAUAAGGAGGGUGGACAGGGAUGGGGAUGGCAAGGUGAGCUUCGAUGAAUUCAAGAAGAUGAUGAAGACGAAAGGUGGGAAGCUCCUUUGAUCCUUUGUGUCGAUCAGCUCCCUUGUGCUGCUAUAUGAACUUAGAGGGUGUAAAUCCAUAGAAGCUAACCCAUGUCCAGUUCUUCUUCUUCUUUCUUUUUCCUUGUGCUGACCAUUGCUCUCAAGUUAUAAACAACCUGUUUUAAUCAUUUCAAGGAGAAGAAAUAUGUCGCUGCGGCUGCUGUGGCUUCUUCUUCUUCAGAAACUAUGAUGAGCUUUUGCUUUUUCUGUUAUUUUCAUGUUAGGAAUCAUGGUGCAGAUGUGAUAUGACUCACAGUUGAUGUUCUUGGA